GAGAUGAGGAGAUAGGCGGGAGCGAGGGAGUGAGGGAGGGAGCGAAGGAGGUAGAGAAGAGCGGAGCGGAGCGGAGGGAGCGCAGCUUGGUUGCUCCGUAGUACGGCGGCUCGCGAGGGAGAAUCCCGAGCGGGCUCGGGGACGCACGGAGAGGCGGGCGGGGAUGGUGUGCAGGGCUGCGGCUCCUGCGUCCCUCCCCGCGGCGAGUGAGCUGCGCUGAUUUGUCCCCGGGCGGCAGCGCGGAUCCGCCUGGAGAUGAGGCGUCAAUUAGCAAGGUAGAAGUAACAGAACCAUGGCUCAGUUUCCAACACGUUUUGGUGGCAGCCUGGAUAUCUGGGCCAUAACUGUAGAGGAAAGAGCGAAGCACGAUCAACAGUUCCAUAGUUUAAAGCCAAUAUCUGGAUUUAUUACUGGUGAUCAAGCUAGAAACUUUUUUUUUCAAUCUGGGUUACCUCAGCCUGUUUUAGCACAGAUAUGGGCGCUAGCUGAUAUGAAUAAUGAUGGAAGAAUGGAUCAAGUGGAGUUUUCCAUUGCUAUGAAACUUAUCAAACUGAAGCUACAAGGAUAUCAACUCCCCUCUGCACUUCCCCCGGUUAUGAAACAGCAACCAGUUGCUAUUUCUAGUGCACCAGCAUUUGGUAUAGGAGGUAUCGCCAGCAUGCCACCACUCACAGCUGUUGCUCCAGUGCCAAUGGGAUCCAUUCCAGUCGUCGGAAUGUCUCCAACCCUCGUAUCUUCUGUCCCUACAGCAGCAGUGCCUCCCCUGGCUAACGGGGCUCCCCCUGUUAUACAACCUCUGCCUGCAUUUGGUCGUCCUACAGCCACAUUGCCAAAGAGUUCUUCCUUUAGUAGAUCUGGUCCAGGGUCACAAUUAAACACUAAGUUACAGAAGGCACAAUCAUUUGACGUGGCUAGUGUUCCUCCAGUGGCAGAAUGGGCUGUUCCUCAGUCAUCCAGACUGAAAUACAGACAAUUAUUCAAUAGUCAUGAUAAAACUAUGAGUGGACACUUAACAGGUCCCCAAGCAAGAACUAUCCUUAUGCAAUCAAGUUUACCACAGGCUCAGCUGGCUUCAAUAUGGAAUCUUUCUGACAUUGAUCAAGAUGGAAAACUCACAGCGGAAGAAUUUAUCCUGGCUAUGCACCUAAUUGAUGUAGCUAUGUCUGGCCAACCACUGCCACCCGUCCUGCCUCCAGAAUACAUUCCACCUUCCUUUAGAAGAGUUAGAUCUGGCAGUGGUAUAUCUGUGAUAAGCUCAACAUCGGUAGAUCAGAGGUUACCAGAGGAACCAGUUUUAGAAGAUGAACAGCAACAACUAGAAAAGAAAUUACCUGUAACGUUUGAAGAUAAGAAGCGUGAGAAUUUUGAACGUGGCAACCUGGAACUGGAGAAACGCAGACAGGCUCUCUUGGAGCAGCAGCGCAAGGAGCAAGAGCGCUUGGCACAGCUGGAGCGGGCGGAGCAGGAAAGGAAGGAGCGGGAGCGCCAGGAACAGGAGCGCAAGAGACAGCUGGAGCUGGAGAAGCAACUGGAAAAGCAGCGGGAGCUGGAACGUCAGAGAGAGGAGGAGCGGAGGAAGGAAAUCGAGAGACGAGAGGCUGCAAAACGAGAACUUGAAAGGCAGCAACAGCUUGAGUGGGAACGGAAUCGAAGGCAAGAACUACUAAAUCGAAGAAACAAAGAACAAGAGGACAUAGUUGUACUGAAAGCAAAGAAAAAGACUUUGGAAUUUGAAUUAGAAGCUCUAAAUGAUAAAAAACAUCAACUAGAAGGAAAACUUCAAGAUAUCAGAUGUCGAUUGACCACCCAAAGGCAAGAAAUUGAGAGUACCAACAAAUCCAGAGAGUUGAGAAUUGCUGAAAUCACCCAUCUACAGCAACAAUUACAGGAGUCUCAGCAAAUGCUCGGAAGACUUAUUCCAGAAAAACAGAUUCUCAAUGACCAAUUAAAACAAGUUCAGCAAAACAGUUUGCACAGAGAUUCACUUCUUACACUGAAAAGAGCCUUAGAAGCAAAAGAACUGGCUCGGCAGCAGCUACGAGACCAACUGGAUGAGGUUGAGAAGGAAACUAGAUCAAAACUACAGGAGAUUGAUAUUUUCAAUAAUCAGCUGAAGGAACUACGAGGAAUACAUAAUAAGCAGCAGCUCCAGAAACAAAAGUCCCUGGAGGCUGAACGGCUGAAACAGAAAGAACAAGAGCGAAAGAUCAUAGAAUUAGAAAAACAAAAAGAAGAAGCCCAAAGACGAGCUCAGGAGAGGGACAGGCAGUGGCUUGAGCACGUGCAGCAGGACGAGGAGCAUCAGCGGCCAAGAAGACUCCACGAUGAAGAGAAACUCAAAAGGGAAGAGAGUGUCAAGAAGAAGGAGAGUGAGGAAAAAGGCAAACAAGAGAUGCAAGACAAGCUGAGUCAGCUUUUCCAUCCACACCAGGAACCAGCCAAGCCAGUGGUCCAAGCACCCUGGUCCACCGCAGAAAAAGGCCCACUUACGAUUUCUGCACAGGAGAACGUAAAAGUGGUGUAUUACCGAGCACUGUAUCCCUUUGAGUCCAGGAGUCAUGAUGAAAUCACGAUCCAGCCAGGAGAUAUAGUCAUGGUGGAUGAAAGCCAGACUGGAGAACCGGGAUGGCUUGGAGGAGAAUUAAAAGGAAAGACAGGAUGGUUCCCUGCGAACUAUGCAGAGAAAAUCCCAGAAAUUGAGGUUCCCGCUCCAGUCAAACCAGUGACCGAGCCCACCUCCACCCCUGCACCCAAACUGGCUAUGCGUGAGACCCCCGCUCCUCUGGCAGCGACCUCUUCAGAGCCCUCCACGACCCCCAACAACUGGGCCGACUUCAGCUCCACGUGGCCCACCAGCACAAAUGAGAAACCAGAAACUGAUAACUGGGACGCAUGGGCAGCCCAGCCCUCUCUCACCGUUCCGAGCGCUGGCCAGUUAAGGCAGAGGUCGGCGUUUACUCCAGCCACGGCCACCGGCUCCUCCCCGUCUCCUGUUUUAGGCCAGGGUGAGAAGGUGGAGGGGCUACAAGCGCAAGCCCUGUAUCCGUGGAGAGCCAAAAAAGACAACCACUUAAACUUUAACAAAAACGAUGUCAUCACCGUCCUGGAACAGCAAGACAUGUGGUGGUUUGGAGAAGUUCAAGGUCAGAAGGGUUGGUUCCCCAAGUCUUACGUGAAACUCAUUUCAGGGCCCGUAAGGAAAUCGACAAGCAUGGAAUCCGGUUCUUCCGACAGUCCUGCCUGUCUAAAGAGAGUAGCUUCCCCUGCAGCCAAGCCAGCCGUUUCAGGAGAAGAAUUUAUUGCCAUGUACACUUACGAGAGUUCUGAGCAAGGCGAUUUAACCUUUCAGCAAGGGGAUGUGAUUUUGGUUACCAAGAAAGAUGGUGACUGGUGGACGGGAACAGUGGGCGACAAGUCCGGAGUCUUCCCUUCUAACUAUGUGAGGCUUAAAGAUUCAGAGGGCUCUGGAACUGCUGGGAAAACAGGGAGUUUAGGAAAAAAACCUGAAAUCGCCCAGGUUAUUGCCUGCUACACUGCUACUGGUCCGGAGCAGCUUACCCUGGCCCCUGGUCAGCUGAUUUUGAUCCGAAAAAAGAACCCAGGUGGAUGGUGGGAAGGAGAGCUUCAAGCACGUGGGAAAAAGCGGCAGAUAGGCUGGUUCCCUGCUAAUUAUGUGAAGCUUUUAAGCCCUGGGACAAGCAAAAUCACUCCGACUGAGCCAGCGAAACCGACGGCAGUCUCCGCAGUGUGCCAGGUGAUCGGGAUGUACGAUUACACCGCCCAGAACGACGACGAACUGGCCUUCAACAAGGGCCAGAUCAUCAACGUCCUCAACAAGGAGGACCCUGACUGGUGGAAAGGAGAAGUCAACGGACAAGUGGGGCUCUUCCCAUCUAAUUACGUGAAGCUGACCACGGACAUGGACCCAAGCCAGCAAUGGUGUUCAGACUUACACCUCUUGGACAUGUUGACCCCAACUGAAAGAAAGCGACAAGGAUACAUUCAUGAACUCAUUGUCACGGAGGAGAACUAUGUGAAUGACCUGCAGCUGGUCACAGAGAUCUUUCAGAAACCCCUGAUGGAGUCUGAGCUGCUGACAGAAAAAGAGGGUGCUAUGAUUUUUGUUAACUGGAAGGAGCUGAUUAUGUGUAAUAUCAAACUACUGAAAGCGCUCAGAGUUCGCAAGAAAAUGUCUGGGGAGAAGAUGCCCGUGAAGAUGAUCGGUGACAUCCUGACUGCCCAGCUGCCGCACAUGCAGCCCUACAUCCGCUUCUGCAGCUGCCAGCUCAACGGGGCGGCCCUGAUCCAGCAGAAGACGGACGAGGCCCCAGACUUCAAGGAGUUUGUCAAAAGAUUGGCAAUGGACCCUCGCUGUAAAGGGAUGCCGCUGUCUAGUUUUAUACUGAAGCCUAUGCAACGGGUAACAAGAUACCCGCUGAUCAUUAAAAAUAUCUUGGAAAACACUCCUGAAAACCACCCCGACCACAGCCACUUGAAGCACGCCCUGGAGAAAGCGGAAGAGCUGUGUUCCCAGGUGAACGAGGGGGUGCGGGAGAAGGAGAACUCGGACCGGCUAGAGUGGAUCCAAGCCCACGUGCAGUGUGAAGGCCUGUCUGAGCAACUUGUGUUCAAUUCCGUGACCAACUGCUUGGGGCCACGCAAGUUCCUGCACAGUGGGAAGCUCUACAAGGCCAAGAGCAACAAGGAGCUGUACGGCUUCCUCUUCAACGACUUCCUCCUGCUGACCCAAAUCAUAAAACCCUUGGGCUCUUCUGGCACCGACAAAGUCUUCAGCCCCAAAUCGAACCUGCAGUAUAAAAUGUACAAAACACCUAUUUUCCUAAAUGAGGUUCUAGUAAAAUUACCCACUGACCCUUCUGGAGAUGAACCCAUCUUCCACAUUUCCCACAUCGACCGAGUCUAUACCCUCCGAGCAGAAAGCAUAAACGAAAGGACGGCCUGGGUGCAGAAGAUCAAAGCUGCUUCUGAACUCUACAUAGAGACGGAGAAAAAGAAGCGGGAGAAGGCGUACCUGGUCCGUUCCCAAAGGGCAACAGGUAUUGGAAGGUUGAUGGUGAAUGUCGUUGAAGGCAUUGAGCUGAAACCCUGUCGGUCACAUGGAAAGAGUAACCCGUACUGCGAGGUGACCAUGGGCUCCCAGUGUCACAUCACCAAGACGAUCCAGGACACUCUGAAUCCUAAGUGGAAUUCCAACUGCCAGUUCUUCAUCAAAGACUUGGAGCAGGAGGUCCUCUGCAUCACCGUGUUUGAGAGGGACCAGUUCUCUCCCGACGAUUUUUUGGGUCGAACGGAGAUCCGAGUGGCUGACAUCAAGAAGGACCAAGGUUCCAAGGGUCCAGUUACAAAGUGUCUCCUGCUGCAUGAAGUUCCCACUGGAGAGAUUGUGGUCCGCUUGGACCUGCAGUUGUUUGAUGAGCCAUAGGGAGCUGGCCCAGGGCGUGCAUGGCAGAGUUCCAGCCCGAGGCAGCGGAUGCUGUCUGGAAAUGGUGUUGUUUUCUAAGACCACCACUGGGUGUUCAGCCACAGGGCAAUGGGACAACAAAGACAGGCCCCUGAAAGCUUCUAGGAAUAAUUCUCGACAAUCCUUCCCCCCAAACAAUUCCCAUUUUAUGAAACAAAACUGUGUUUUCCUUCGUCCUCACUGCAGGUCUCAUCAUGCCUUCUAGGGUCUUUGAAAUCUCAUAGCCCCCAGUGAGGUUCUGUUGGGAGUCUGGGCCCAUCCCUGGGCCUGAGGCAUGGGUCUGGUUACUGUAAAAUAGAUUUAUAAAGGCAAUGUCUGUAUUUUUGGAGAACCUAUGUAACCCUCUUCCUUCUUACCUCCGCCAGCCCCCAAGUAGGCCCCUUGACAUAGAUGCCUAGUCCUUGGUGUGUUUAGAAAUAAUUAUGAUGGUCCUGUCAUUGCUUCAGAAUCUCAUUCCCCCACGGGGACCUUAUUUGAGAUGUUGCCCUAGAUCUGAUCACUUGGGGAGAUGGUCUUCUGAUCAGACACUGGGCUAGCUCUUUGAAGAGCUGGUCCAUGGAAGAUUCCAGCAGGUGCGUUGUUAGAGCCAUUCCAGUGCCCUCCAGGUCUUUUAUUGAUAGACGUCAAUGAGAACUAUCACUGGCUACUAUAAGGCGAGUCGAUUCCAAUUUCCAGCAUGCUUGGAAGAUAGUUAAGGAAGCUUGUUAUCUACAAAGUUAUCCUCUGCUGGAUUCGAUCACCGCAGGUCACUUGAAAGGCUACUUUAUGACGUCAUUGGAUCUGGGUUGCCAGCCCAGUUGGGAAAUUCUCUCUUGGCUUGGAGGUCCUGUGAUGUUUCAUCACAAGAGUAGUUGCUGGUGACCAGCUCUGAGCCUAUUCUCGCUUGAAUAUGCUGGAUCCUCACUGUCAUGGGAAAUUUCAGCAGCUGUUUGGGUAUGUUCCCAAAAAAGGCAUCCCCAAGGCGUGGAAAGGAAAAGUGACAAUCUGGAAGUGGGGUGGAAAGAUGUGAAGGAAAUCCAUUAUGUGGUGGGGGGAAGACCCUAGGAGCAUGCAAGCCCCACAGUCCGGGGAGGAAGACCUAAGACUGUUUCCUGUGCUCUACCACACACCACCAACCUCUCAGUGAUGAAAAUACACGAGCUUAUUGCCAGAGUCAGGAGCGUAUGACCACAUGCCAAGCUGUUUGGUUUGAAUUCUUUGAUUUUUUUCCCUUACAUGCCAGGAGAUAGGCUGGUUAACUAGUUAAUAACUUGAUUUGCUAAGGAAAAGUAUGGGUCGUAUUCUGCUCGCAUGUCAAUGUUCUCAUAAUCCCAGUUUGUUGUGGUCACGAGAUGUUCUUUGCAUGUUCUCUUGGUACUGGAGUCUAGCUUUCCUGUGUUAGACGGUGUUCUCUUUGAUUGUAGGUCCUUAGAAUUUAAUUAGGGUUGUAGAAGUGCUUUAUAAACGAUAGCAUCAACAUAGUAGCAGUGUACCCGCCUUGCUGGGAACUGAAUGCAUAGUGUCAUAAUUUCCCAUAAAAGCCCUGUCAUAUUUCAAGCAAUUUUUAAAAUGUGUGUUGGGAAGGGCAACAAAGUUUACAUUUCAUACUUUUAAGAAACACUUUAUUAUUUAUUUAUUGAAGAUAGUGUAGAAUUUUGUAUCAAGAACAACAGACAUAAGUAUUUUUUGAAACAAGCAGAUAAUACCCUUUAGUUAGAAACUUUCAACUGAACAUGGUAUAGACCAAGUUUAACUUCUGGCAUGCGUUUGUUCACCACUUCCCAGCAGAAAACAUAGU